UACACGCUUCACUGGGGCUUUGGACUUUCACUCCACUCCAGACAUCUUCCCCCAUGGGAUGUGAUGAGCCCCCUACUCCUGAAGAGCUCCUGACUCUUCUUUCUAUGGUGCGAGAAGAGAAGGUGGUAGAAGAAAAGAUGAAGAAAAAAUUAGUUAAGAAGACUGGGGAUGUGGAGACCCGAAAACAGAAAGUGCUGCAGAUGCAUAGAAGAAGUGGACUUGCUUUGCCUUCCCAGGAGGAGGAUGAACACAAGCAGCAGGAGCUACUGCAGAAGAGGAGAGAGGAUGAACAGCAUGACAAAGAGAGGAAGAUUAUGGAGCUGAAGAAACUGGCAGAGCAGCAACAGGUGGAACAGGCAAAGGAGAGGAGUCACAAACAGCAAGAGAAGGGGAAGGCCCUUCACCUGCAGAUGGAGCUUGCAGUGGUUACAGAGGAGGAGGAAAACCAAAAGAAGGAGGAACAGAGUCCAGAAGAGCAGGAACGGCGGGAAAAUAAAACCAAGCCACUUGAAUCUGUUGCUAUUGUUCCUAGUAAAUGGCUGAAUAUAACAGUGGAGAAAUCUCCUGUCACUGACUCCUAUCAAGGGCCCCCUUUAGGCUCAAAAGAACCCAGAUUCCCCAAGGUAAAUCCAAAUAACUAUGGGCUGGAUCUGAACAGUGAUGACUCCACAGAUGAUGAAAGCCAGCCUCGCAAGCCCAUCCCUGUCUGGGCCUCUGGGGCUCGGCUUAAUCAAGCUGUUACAUACCAAUAUUACAACCCUCCAAAUAUUGAGACGCUCUUUGGGCUGAUCAUAAGCCCUAAACUUGAGGACAUUUUCUACAAGAACAAGCCACGGUAUUUCAAACGCACCAGCUCUGCUGUCUGGCACUCACCACCCCUUCCCGGUACCAAAUCUACACUGGGCCUGCCUUACAACCUGAAAAAGUACUGAGGAAGGAGAAUGUCCCUCUUCUGUCCACCUGCCAUUUCAAUGUUGUCCUGGUUUUUGUGUAAAGAAGAAAAAUCUUUAAGAUCUGUUUUUUUAAUAUUUGCAAAGAAUAAAAGCUUUAAUAAAAGUUCAUGUUAAAAUAAUCAGGGCCACUUUCUUUCCUGUCUGGGGUGGGUUUUUGUUGGCACAUAGCUUAUCUUCUUGGGGUAAGUGAAAUGCCCAAAUAAAAGAGCUGCAUGGAAGAUUAUAUCUCAGAUGAGUAGGACUUGCUGUCUUCAGGGCCUGAGCUCUUCACUUGCUCCUUAGUAGUUAAAAUGUAUGGCUUUUAUAGUGCCCUCUAACUUUGAUCUGAAAUCUUCAUGCUUUGUCUUAGGCUGGAAGUGACUUUUAUUUGGAGUGUUUGAUAUG